UUUGUCUCUUUCAAAGCAUAAAGAAUGCAUUGAAGAAGAAUAAGAAGGAACUCAGAAAGAGUUUGAUCAGUAUCAAAUGGAAGGCGGCGGCAUCCAUCAAAAUCUGCUAGAACACGAGGCAAAGUCUUGGUUGUUUUUGAAGAAUAAGAUAUGGAAUGAGACAAAAAAAACUGUGGGUUGUUGCGGGUCCAUCUAUCUUAAUACCAUUCUCAACAUUUGGAAUCCAUGUAAUCAGCCAAGCUUUUAUUGGCCAUUUUAGCUCCAUGCAGCUUGCUGCAUACGCCCUCAUCUUCACUGUCAUCUUCCGCAGCUUGGCAUGGUUAACGGGGUAGGAACGCUGUGUGGGCAAGCGUUUGGCGCCAAACAGUAUCACAAGCCAGGCGUGUAUCUUCAGCAAUCAUGCAUCAUAUUGCUAGUUGCCUCAGCCCUCUUGACGCCAAUGUUUAUAUUUGCUGCGCGGAUUUUGAAAACAUUAGGCCAGGAUCAUGGGAUUGCUGAUGUGGCAGGGGAUUUUGCUCUGUGGUUCGUUGCUGUCUCGUUCUUGUACGCUGUGCUGUAUAGCUGCAACUCGUUCCUGCAGUCGCAGAGCAAGAACUUUGUUCUCUCUUUCUUUGCAGUGCUGUCGUUGCUAGCACACAUCUUCUUCUCGUGGCUUUUGUCUGUGAAGUUUGGGUUUGGUGUUACUGGUGUGAUGGCGUCUACUGCUUUGUCGUAUGUGAUACCGAAUGCAGGCCAGAUCAUGUACAUCACGGGUGGUGGUUGUAGAGAGACGUGGAAGGGGUUCACAGCAUUGGCAUCCAAGGAUCUUGGACGUACAAUCAAGCUUUCUGUAUCAUCUGGUGUGAUGAUCUGCCUAGAGUUCUGCUACAACACUGUGCUAAUUCUUCUGGCUGGAAAUAUGGGUAAUGCAGAGGUCACAAUUGAUGCUCUUUCUAUCUGUCUUAACAUCAGUGGAUGGGCUCUGACGAUAGCCUUUGGAGUAACCAAUAUUGAUAUUCAAUUCAAACAUUUUGUGACAUGCAUUGAUCGAUGUAUGUUUCAAGAUGGCGAAAUUCUACUUUGGGUCGGUUAUAUAAAUGAGCUUCCCGAUUGGAAAGUUCUUUUUUUAAAAUCUAAGUUUGUGAGAGGCACAUGAGGCUCAUGUAUCUUACCUAAUCAAUGCUUAUAGACACCUGAAUCUAUUUAAGUAAAAAAUGGUUGAGACAAUCUAAUUAAGUCAAAGACGCAUGAGUCUCGUGUGUCUCUAUGAAAAACGCAUGAGGCUCACAAACUUGGAUUUUAAAAUGAAACUUCUGUGACGGGAAGCUCAUUUGUAUAACCGAACCAUAGUAGACCCUUACUAGCUAGAUAGAUGACUUUGUACUCACUAUGGA